UUCCCAUGCCCCCCAAAGUGACCUUCAGUGAACGUUGUACCUCUCUGAAAGAUGGCGUCCUCUUCGGGUAACGAUGUCGGCGCGAACAAUCAGGAGCACCUGAAAAGAGAGCUUAUGCAGCGACUACUGCAUAAAGUUUCCCAGGUGAUGCACAGACAGCCCCUUGAUGAGAACUAUUUGCAGUUCGUUGUCAACCAGGAGAUGGUUCUUUUAAGGUCUUUGUCCAACCAAGUGGAGAUUCCUCAAGAUGUUAUGAGUGCUUUGACAGAGCUGUCAACUCUUGUCAGUAUGGAGAACAUCAGUGAAUUGACCCCUUCUCAUGUGCCAGUGUUAGAAGGAGAGCUUGGACGACCCAAAUUUGAUGUGUCUCCUCACCAGCUACAGACACUAACAGAAAUGUCCUUAUCAGUGCCACAAAUUGCAAAACUUCUGAGAAUAUCUGUGAGGACAGUGAAACGUCGCUUACACGAAUAUGGUAUUAACAUAAAGCAGUGCUAUAGUACACUGAGUGAUGAAGAACUGGACAAUUUAGUCAGAUCAGUAAAGGCAAGAACGCCGCAUGUUGGAUACAGGAUGAUGAAAGGAAUCCUUCAAGCCAUGGGCCACCGUGUACAGUGGCAGAGAGUGUCCUCAGCAAUGCAUCGUGUGGACUCUGCAGGUGUUUUGUCAAGAAUGACAAGGCUGGGAUGUGUAGCCCGAAGGACAUAUUCCGUCAAGGGUCCCCUUCACUUGGUACAUAUCGACACAAAUCAUAAACUAAUAAGAUAUGGCCUGGUAAUAUUUGGAGGGAUUGAUGGCUACUCAAGAAAAAUCAUGUACCUGGGUGCUGCUGCUAAUAACAAGGCAACAACUGCACUUGAUUUCUUCUUGGAGGCAGUACAAAAGUAUGGCUUUCCAUUAAGAGUGCGAGGUGAUCAAGGGGUGGAAAAUGUUGGGAUAGCAAGAUGCAUGUUCACCAUUAGGGGCUGUGGAAUAGGAAGUUUCUUGUCAGGCAAGAGUGUUCACAAUCAAAGAAUAGAGCGCUUGUGGCGAGAUGUGUGGAUGGCUGUUUCAAGUGUGUAUUAUGACAUCCUUCAUAACCUUGAAGACGAAGGCCUUCUGGAUCCGUGUGAUGGUAUUCACAUGUUUUGUGCCCAGCAUUCAUUUCUUCCACGUCUGCAAAGGGAUCUGGAUGUCUUUAGGCUGGGCUGGGAUAACCACCCUUUAAGGACAGAGCACAAUCUAUCUCCACAACAGCUGUGGACCGUAGGACUCCUCCAGAAUCCAGUUGAUUCUCCAGACAGAGAAGAGGACAUGGAGGAUGCAGAUCUUGAUGUCAACUCUACUGGUGAGCUGGAUGGGACCAGUCCUGGAAUAAUUCUUCCAUCUGUUGAAUGUCCUCUCUCUGCACAGGACAUGGCAAGGCUAAGGGACACUAUUGAUGUCACAAGACCAUCUCAAUCACAGGGCAGAGACAUUUAUUUGGAUGUAUUGAGCUUCGUAAUAAAUCAGGUUUCCUAG